UCUUUGCUCUCUCUCUCCUUUCUCUGUUCUUUCUUUGGAGAGAGAGAGGUAGAGAGAGAAAGGGUCACCGGCCGCCCCCGCCAAACGUACCCUCCUCCCUCCUUCCUGUCUACAAUAAAAGUCAAUUUCAUCACCACCUGCCCAACCGGUAACCGGUCCCUCCCUUCACUAUGCACAUAUAUUGACCCUUUUCUCAUCUUUCUUAAAUUUCAAUCUUCAUUUGUUGAUUUCUUCAUCUCUGCUCUUAAUUAUCAUCUGGGUAUACGAGUUUCUGGAAAAGGUUUAGUUUUUUUAUUUUAUUAUUGAAUUGGAAUUUGGCCAUGUCUACGUCCGCCGCUGGAGGUGCUGGAUCCAAUGAUUCCAAUGCUGGCAGGAGACAAAGCAAGAGGCCCAAGUACUCAAAGUUUACACAACAAGAACUACCAGCGUGCAAGCCUAUUCUCACACCACGAGCAGUUAUUUCAGCCUUCUUGAUUGUCACCAUAGUGUUCAUUCCCAUUGGAGUUGCUUCGCUAAUUGCUUCGCAUGAUGUUGUUGAGAUUAUUGAUAGGUAUGACUCUCAGUGCAUACCAACAAAUGUGACAGACAAGGUGGCAUACAUUCAGACUCCUGGUGAAAAGCCAUGCAAUAGGACGCUACAUGUGGACAAGCGUAUGAAGUCUCCUAUCUAUGUUUACUACCAGCUUGACAACUUUUACCAGAAUCAUAGGCGGUAUGUUAAAAGCCGAAAUGAUGACCAGCUGAGGGAUUCCAAAAAUGCUAACUCAACAAGUGGUUGUGACCCUGAAGAUUCAGCAAAUGGAAUGCCAAUCGUACCCUGUGGUCUUAUAGCUUGGAGCUUGUUCAACGAUACAUACAGCUUCUCACGCAGCAGCAUUAAUUUGACAGUGAACAAGAACGACAUCUCAUGGAAAAGUGAUAGGGAUCACAAAUUUGGAAGUGAUGUUUUUCCUAAAAAUUUUCAGAAUGGUUCUUUAAUAGGGGGUGGUAGUCUUGAUGAAAACACACCUUUGAAUAAGCAAGAGGAUCUCAUUGUUUGGAUGCGAACGGCAGCUUUGCCAACUUUUAGGAAGUUGUAUGGAAGGAUUGAAGUGGAUUUGGAGAAAGGUGAUGUCAUUCAGGUGAAUUUGAACAAUGUCUACAACACAUACAGUUUUAAUGGCAAGAAGAAGCUUGUUCUGUCAACUACUACCUGGCUCGGCGGGAAGAAUGACUUCCUUGGCAUUGCUUAUCUUACUGUUGGAGGAUUGAGCUUCUUUUUGGCCAUGGUCUUUACUCUUGUAUAUCUUGUCAAGCCUAGGCAACUUGGAGAUCCCUCUUAUCUGUCAUGGAAUAGGAACCCUGGAGGGCAAUGAGCAGAGAAACUGAAUGUGAUUGAUCUUCAUAGAUUUUUACACGGAUUGUGCAUUAUACAAACUACAAUGGCGGUUCUAAUUUUGUACAUCAAUCAAUAUUCACACAUGCUAAUAAUAAUACUAUUCAGAUGUUAGGUGUUGUUAUUGUUCCCUACCCCACAAAAAUUAUUCUAAUGCCUUUCGGUUUUCUGCAUCAGAAUCUCAAUAUCUUGUAUUUUGUGAUGACAUAGUGUUCAAUAUAUGAGCUAGUUACUUUUA